AUGUUUAUUACAGUUACGUGUUUGUGUAGGCUUGAACAAGAAUCUGGAUUUUACUUUAAUGUUAAGUAUUUUGAGGAGAAAGUCCAUGCUGGCGAAUGGGAUGAAGUUGAGAAAUACCUGUCUGGAUACACCAAGGUUGAUGAUAACCGAUACUCAAUGAAGAUUUUCUUUGAAAUCAGAAAACAGAAGUAUCUUGAAGCUCUUGAUAGGCAAGACAAGCCAAAGGCAGUUGAGAUAUUGGUAAAUGAUCUGAAAGUCUUCUCAACAUUCAAUGAAGAUUUAUUUAAGGAAAUUACACAGCUCUUGACACUUACAAAUUUCAGGGAAAAUGAGCAGCUAUCCAAGUAUGGUGAUACUAAAACAGCUCGUAGCAUCAUGUUAGUAGAGCUUAAAAAGCUAAUAGAAGCAAAUCCCCUUUUCCGAGAAAAGCUUGUUUUUCCUACCUUGAAGUCAUCAAGAUUGAGGACUCUGAUUAACCAAAGUUUAAAUUGGCAACACCAGUUGUGUAAGAAUCCAAGGCCAAAUCCAGAUAUCAAGACUUUAUUCAUAGACCACUCAUGCACACCUGCAAAUGGAAGUAUCGUACCUACACCUGUCAAUCUUUCACCUGCUGCAGUCACGAAACCCAGUGUUUAUACAUCGCUUGGAGCACAUGGUCCCUUUCCCCCUACUGCAGCCAAUGCAAAUGCUAAUGCUUUAGCAGGUUGGAUGGCAAAUGCUGCUGCUUCUUCUUCUGUCCAGGCAGGUGUUGUUUCUGCAUCAUCUUUAGCUGCUCCACCAAAUCAAGUAUCCUUUUUGAAACGUGCUGCAACACCCCUUACAACACUUGGUAUGGCGGAGUAUCAGAGUCCUGAUCAUGAACAAUUAAUGAAACGUUUGCGUCCUACACAGCCAGUUGAAGAGGUUACAUAUCAAUCUACACGACAACAAGUGUCAUGGUCCAUGGAGGACUUGCCAAGAACUGUAGCCUUUAGUAUGCAUCAAGGAUCAACUGUAACAACUAUGGAUUUUCAUCCUUCUCAUCAAACAUUGCUUCUUGUUGGAUCUGUGAAUGGUGACAUCACGAUUUGGGAAGUUGGUUCGCGUGAGAAACUGACAUCAAAAUCGUUCAAGAUAUGGGACAUGUCAACUUGCUCUUUGUCCUUUCAGGCCUCAUUUACCAAAGAUGCACCCAUGUCUGUGAACCGUGUUAAAUGGAGUCCAGAUGGAAAUAUUAUUGGUGUGGCUUUCAGUAAACAUUUAAUCCAUUUAUAUGCUUAUGGUGCACCAAACGAUUUACGCCAGCAGUUAGAGAUUGAUGCUCAUGUUGGAGGAGUGAAUGACUUGGCCUUUGCUCAUCCAAACAAACAGCUGUGUGUUGUUACUUGCGGGGAUGAUAAGUUAAUAAAGGUGUGGGAUUUAACUGGACGAAAACUAUUCAAUUUUGAAGGACAUGAAGCACCGGUUUACUCUAUAUGCCCUCAUCAGAAAGAAAAUAUUCAUUUCAUAUUUUCAACUGCAAUUGAUGGUAAGAUUAAGGCAUGGCUGUAUGACAACAUGGGAUCUAGAGUUGACUAUUCUGCCCCUGGUCAUGGCUGCACCACUAUGCUAUACAGUGCUGAUGGCAGUCGGUUGUUUUCUUGUGGAACAAGUAAAGAAGGGGAGUCUUCUCUUGUUGAAUGGAAUGAAAGUGAAGGAGCACUUAAGAAGACUUAUACUGGUUUUAGAAAGAAAUCAAGUGGUGGUGUUGCACAUUUUGACACAACUCAGAACCACUUUUUGGCUGUUGGAGAAGAAAACCAAAUAAAGUUUUGGGACAUGGAUAGUAUCAAUAUUCUUGCUACCACAGAUGCUGAUGGUGGACUCCCGAUUUUUCCACGGUUGAGGUUCAACAAGGAAGGUAAUCUUCUUGCUGUUGCUACUGCUGACAAUGGGAUCAAGAUUCUUGCAAAUGUUUCUGGCUUGAGGUCUGUAAGAGCAACUGAAGCCCCCCCGCCUUUUGAAGUAUCAAAGUCUUCAGUUGAACCAACUGCAAUUAAGAUGGAUCAGAUACCUACCUCUUCUGCUAUUGCUACUGCUAGUGCUGUUAACUGUAAAGUGGAGAAAACCUCACCUGUCAGACCUUCCAACUUUCUCAAUGGUGAUUCUGUGGGCCAAAGCUUAGAAAAGGCAAGGAAUCUGGAUGAUUCACCAUGCCCAGACAGCUCAGAUGCCUCCAAUAGGGUUGCUCGACUUCUUUAUACAAAUUCUGGAGUUGGGGUUGUAGCCCUUGGAUCAAAUGGCGUUCAAAGGCUGUGGAAGUGGGCUCGCAAUGAACAAAAUCCAACUGGAAAAGCCACUGCCAAUGUUAUUCCACAACAUUGGCAACCAAACAGUGGUCUUCUUAUGACAAAUGAUGUGACAGGUGUGAACCUUGAAGAAGCAGUUCCAUGCAUAGCACUCUCAAAGAAUGAUUCUUAUGUGAUGUCUGCUUCAGGUGGGAAAAUUUCAUUGUUCAACAUGAUGACAUUCAAGGUUAUGACAACAUUUAUGCCACCUCCACCUGCUUCAACCUUCCUAGCAUUUCAUCCUCAAGAUAACAAUAUUAUUGCUAUUGGUAUGGAGGAUUCAACAAUUCACAUAUACAAUGUUCGGGUGGAUGAGGUGAAAUCGAAGCUAAGAGGUCAUCAAAAGAGGAUAACUGGUCUUGCUUUUUCUACCCAUUUGAAAAUAUUGGUUUCAUCGGCUGCUGAUGCUCAUAUUUGUUUUUGGAGCAUUGAUUCAUGGGAAAAGAGGAAAAUGGUACAAAUACAACUACCUCCUGGUAAGUCAGCUACAGGUGACACUCGAGUCCAGUUCCACUCGGAUCAGACACAAUUGCUGGUAUCCCACGAAACACAGUUGGCACUAUACAAUGCUUACAAGAUGGAACACAUACGUCAGUGGGUCCCUCAAGACAACCUUUCGGCACCUAUAUCUUAUGCUUCAUACUCGUGCAACAGUCGCCUAGUCUAUGCUUCCUUUUGCAAUGGCAAUAUCGGUGUAUUUGAUGCCGACAACUUAAAACUAAGAUGUCGCAUUGCCCCUUCUGUAUAUAUACCAGUACCACUACCACCAUCACUAUCAAACGGAAAUCAAGGACCGUACCCGGUUGUGGUGGCAGCGCAUCCGCAGGAGCAAAAUCAGUUUGCGGUGGGAAUGUCAGAUGGAGCUGUUAAGGUAAUAGAACCUUUGGAAUCGGAAGGAAAAUGGGGUGUAAGUCAACCUGACGAGUAGAAUACUACGGUUAUAUAGAUUUUUAUUAUUAUUAUUAUUAUUUAAGGUAGGGAUGUGGCGUGUUUAUAAUAAUCUUCAAUCUCCCUAGUGGUUGAUUAAUUUUAUGAAUUUAUUCAUUAAUCAAAAG